AUGAAGACCUGGUCCACGAUGCCGCCUACGAUUUUUUUGGGUAGACAUGUAGCUACCUGUUCGUCUGAUCAACACGUCAAGAUAUUUAGACUCGAUAAGGAGACUAACGAGUGGCAAUUGAGUGACUCAUGGAGAGCACACGAUAGCAGUAUCGUUUCUCUUGACUGGGCUAGUCCAGAAUAUGGUCGGAUAAUCGCUACGGCGUCAUAUGAUAGGACCGUUAAACUGUGGGAAGAAGAUCCAGAUCAAGAGGAAUGUUCAGGUCGCCGUUGGGCUAAACUUUGUACAUUAAAUGAUUCCAAGGGUUCACUAUACGACGUGAAAUUUGCACCAGCACAUUUGGGUUUGAGACUGGCCAGUGUUGGCAACGACGGUACAUUGAGAGUUUAUGAUGCACUCGAACCUUCGGAUCUGAGGUCCUGGACAUUGACAUCUGAAGUGAAAGUCCUCUCUGUAUCAUCUGCAGCUAACCUCCAAUCUGAUUUCUGCCUAUCGUGGUGUCCAUCAAGGUUCUCCCCCGAAAAGUUAGUGGUUUGUGUACUAGACCAGGCACUUAUCUAUCAGAGAGGGAAGGACAAUAAACUUCAUGUAGCUGGAAAACUUGAGGGUCAUGGAGGACUGAUUAGAAGCGUCAGUUGGGCCCCAUCAAUCGGCAGGUGGUACCAAGUUAUCACAACUGGCUGCAAAGACGGCAAAGUUCGUAUCUACAAAGUCACUGAAAGAGUCUCCACGUCUGCCACCACGACAGCGUCAUCAAUCUCAGAAGAUUUGGCCGAUAACAACAGCGAUAUAACUACAGAUGUCAAUGAUAGCACCGGUUCCAAAAAAGGUUCAACACCGGCCUUGCGAAUAGAGCUAAUUGGUGAGCACGACGAUCACAAGGCAGAAGUAUGGUCGGUCUCUUGGAACUUGACCGGCACAGUCCUAAGCAGCGCUGGUGAUGACGGCAAGGUCCGCCUAUGGCGUUCUACAUACUCCAAUGAGUUCAGGUGCAUGUCUGUGAUCAGUGCUCAGCAACAACGGGCAUCUCAGUAA